AUGCCAAAGUACACGAUAAGUGGCGGUGGCAGCGGAAGCGAACGACCGGCUAAGACGAUCAUGGACUUUUUGACCGACGGAUACGCUGACCUACGUGACGUCAACAGACUGAGUAAUAGCACUACAUCAGCGUCGCAGUUGCUUACGAUUAUGGGUGCUAAACGCGUGGACGAAAUUGAAGCCAGCUUGAGAAAUUCCUCUCUUCAAUCGAAACAUGACGGAACAUGUUCGGUAAUUAAGUCUGGAGCCGGUUCGGAUGGAGGAGGCGAUAAGCAGGCGCUCAGGCCAGCCUCUGAUGUUCCAUUAAACACUAAUCAAGAAGGAAGUAUCGACGGUAAAAAUCGAGAUGCUUUUACACGUGACGCGCUUAAAAAGCUAGACCUUCUUUCGCAAAGUCUUUCUCGUUCCCAAAUGGGUCUUCCGUUCGAUCAGGAGACCGGCGGUAUUACUUAUCAAAGACAUGUGGGAAAUGAAUCGGGUGAAUCGCAUGCUGCGCGACCAUCAAUGAUUCGUUGUAACGAACACGCAGCACAGGCGGCGAUGCCUGCGAAUCACCAAUCGUACGUUACGACGACGUCCAGUGUCAGGGGCAUAAAUCCGUUGUCGCCGCUUCAUGCACAGCACGGUUUCAACCGUAGUGGGGUCUUUGCGGCUGCAUCGGCAGAUGAAACGUCAACGCCGAGUUCGAUUACGAAAGUAGCUUCCUCGUCUGUCGUUGUCGGAGAGUCGCUUGAGAGCGUGCCGAAAGAUGGCUGUUCGCACUCGAUGGUCAAUUUUCAGUCCGCUUCACACUCGCCCACCUCUUUCUUGCCUACAUCCGUCAUGAAGCAGAUGCAUUCAUACAGAAACAGCAGGGACGGACGCGGCAGCGCUGAACAUGGCGCUGUCGGCGACGCAAGCAGUGUGCACUCGUCGACCGCCGCCGAGCUGGCUACCAGAAUGGUCACUCAGCCGUUGUCGGUGCUCACUUCCCGCGAAGACCAACAUUGCAACCAGUCGAUGCCUUUUCCUCCGGUCAGUUUCCACCCAGGCUGUCAAAACCAGAUGAGUCCGCAAGAGAUGGCCAGAGCGAUGCAGCAACGCGCACUUCAGGAGCAGCUCGUACAGCAACAUCUGUUUCAGCAGCGAUUCAAUAUGGUCAAUCCGAUGAUGACCCCUCGAAACAAUCCUUUGUACAUGCAGUUCGUCCAAGCCCAGGCGAUGCAGUCGCAGAUGGCAGCGAUGCAUCACCGGCCACGUAUGUCCGUGCAGUCAUCACCGGUCCGACUCAACUCCAGUGCUGUUGAUGUAAAUAUGUUGCGUCAUCGAGCGCCAGCUUUGUCUCCUCAGCAGCAGUACAUGCACCAGAUUCGAAUGCGGAACGCCGUAUCGAAAGGAGCACGAUCCUCAGAUCCAUUAAGUCAACUAUUCACUACAAGUCAGCGUUUCCCGAUGCCUUUAAUUCCUCCUGAAGCGAAAGCCAUCACGCUGGAAGAUUUGGAGAAAGCUCAGAAACAGGCUGCUGCGCAGCAGUAA